AUGGACCCGUUAAAGUACUUGUUCGAAAAACUAGCACUAAAGGGGAGAAUCAUAAAAUGGCAAUUGCUACUUUCUGAGUUCGACAACACCUAUGUCACUCAAAAGGCAAUCAAGGGGCAAGCACUAGCUGAUCAUUUAGCAGCACACUCUGUACCUGAUUAUCAACCAUUGAAGACCUUCUUCCCGGACGAGGACAUUCUCCAUAUUGAGGAAGGAGAAGAAAGCAAGGCAGGAGAGUGGACAUUCUUUGUCGACGGAGCCGCAAAUGCAAAGGGGAGUAGGGUAGGAGCAAUACUCUACUCUCCUGACAACGUCCCAAUCCCCAUCUCUAGGCGAUUGGCAUUCCACUGCACAAACAACGUGGCUGAAUCUGAAACAUGUAUCGCUGGUCUAAGAGAAGCCAUCAUCCUCAACAUGAAAAGAUUGUGGGUCUUCAGAGACUCACAACUCAUCAUUAAUCAGAUGAAUGGUGAUUGGAAGACCAAAGAUGAAAAGUUAAUCCCUUAUCAUGUUUACCUGGAGAAUCUAAUUGAAGAAUUCGAAGAUAUCACUUUCUCUUACAUGCCCCGAGCCAAGAGUCAAUUCGCAGAUGCCCUGGCUACCCUCACCUCGAUGCUGGAGAUCCCGAGAGAAAUUACCAAAUGGGAACUCAUCGUCGAACUCCAGGAGGAACCCACGCUCUACUUGCAGAUCGAUGAAGUCGAAACCUCUUCGAACAAUCAGUUGUGUUAUGCAGACAUCAAAGAAUAUCUUGAGCAUCAAAAGAACCUAGAAGGAGCGACAUCAACCGAUCAUCGCACUAGCCAACAGCUAGCGGCCCAGUUUACGAUCACCGGGGGCAUCCUCUACAAACGAUCCUUUAAUUAA